AGUGUGUGUGCAUGCGCGUGUGUGUUUUCGACAGGGCGCGACGUACAGUUUUAUUUGCGCAACAGUCACCCUGGCGUCGUCAUUAGGAGCUGUGGGAGGGCGAUAUGGAGCACCAGGCGAGGACCGAUACAUGGUUUGUGUUAUAGCAGCUUGGUGGGGUUGAAGAGGGAGGUCAAAGCAUCCCAUACAGAGCCUCCCAUGGAAGAGCUGGAGCCAGAAGAGCAGUUCCUGCGCUGCUCGAGGAAUGGUGAUCUAGCCAGCAUUCAGCUGCUCCUUCUGUCCAAAAUCAGGGGGGAUAUGCAGUUUGACCUCAACUGUAAAGGUAAGAGUAAGUCUAACUUGGGAUGGACACCUCUUCACUUAGCCUCCUACUUCGGACACACUAGUGUAGUGGAGGAGUUACUGAAGGCAGGAGCAGAAGUCAACUUGCCAAACAACAUUGGUGAUACUCCUCUGCACAAAGCUGCCUUCACAGGAAGAAAGGUAACUGAACAUGUCAUCAAGCUGCUCUUCGUCUGCUCUGUGUGUGUGUUUGCAUGUAUUCACCCACUGAGUCAAUCAAGGCAUUCACAUAUUGAUCAGGAGGUUGUCAUGCUGCUGUUGCACUAUGAUGCAUGCCCUACUGUCAUCAAUGGGACAGCUCAGAUUCCCAAAGAUGUCACUCAAAGUGCAGAGAUCAGAAGCAUGCUAGAAGCGGCUGAGAGGACAGAGGAGAGGAAACAAGAAGAGAAACUUCUAGAAGCUGCACGAGAAGGAGAUAUAUUAACUCUAACUCAGCUGCUGAACAAGAAGAAAGCGCCCGACAUCCAGUGCACAGACCUGCUGGGUAACACUCCACUGCACUGUGCAGCCUAUCGAGGCCAGAAGCAGUGUGCCGCCAAGCUGCUGAGGGGUGGCGCUUGUCCCAGUGUCCAGAACAAGAAUGGCCAGACCGCGUUGGACCUGGCCAGCGAUGGCGCCAUGAAGCAGCUGCUGGAGGGCGACUUUCACCGGGGGAUGAGCCGUCACGUUAAGAAGUUUGAGGGACUCCUAUGGAAGAGCUCCAGAUUUUUGGGCUGGCGCUCCUACUGGGUCGUCUUGCAGGAUGGGGUUUUGUCUUGGUACUCGAAACAGUCUGAUGCGGCUGCCAAUGUCAGACGACAAGGCUGCAAGUCGCUCACUCAUGCUCACUGUCUGAUCCGAGCCAAAGAUAACUGCAUCUUCACCCUAAAGUGCUUCGAUGACAGCGUCCAUUACUUCAAAGUAUCACCUAAAAUUGAGCCCGACGUGACAAGAAAAGCUUGGCUGGACGCUGUGGAGGAGCACUCAGCCUUCAGCACUUACUACUGCUCCCAGGAGCAAGGGAGCGAGGAGGAGGAGGAGGAGGAGGAGGAAGGCUUUUCAUUGGGGCAGCUAGCAGACUCACUGCAGGCUGCGGAGGCAAGCCACAAGAGGCUGGAUCAGGAAGUGUCAGUUUUACUGUCCAUGAUGAAGGGCGACGGCGGCCUGGAAGAAAGGCUUCUGUCCACCAUAUUGCAGAAAGUUCAGGAAAUCUGCAAGCUAUCAAGCGAGACCAGUUCCAACCUUAGCGUCUGUCUUGGACUCUUCUCCAAACAGAAUGUGGUGCGUAGCAUGAAAUUGGAGCUGGAGGUAGAGAAGAAUAAGAUCCUCUCCGAAGCACUGCAGACGCUGGCCACCGAGCACCACGAGUUGGAGCAGUCCGUCGUCAAGGGUUCGUCACAACGAAGCGUACUCAGCGACGAUGAAUUUCACGAUGCCGUUUCUGGGUCAGACUCAGAGCUCUCCUUGAGCGGCUUCGAGACGGUAGCCAGCCACUCCUGGGAGGACGAGGAAGGCUCCGUCAUGUUUAGCAGCCAUUGCAGCAACAACCCCGACAGCAUGUCGCAUGGAGAUCACCAUGGCAACAAGAACGAGACUCAACCCAACGGGAUCACCAAGUAUAGGAGCAGCCUACCUGCACCAAUGUUUUCAAGAAAUGACUUCAGCAUUUGGAGCAUACUACGAAACUGCAUCGGAAUGGAACUUUCCAAAAUCACCAUGCCGGUGAUUUUCAAUGAGCCGCUCAGCUUCCUGCAGCGUCUGACCGAGUACAUGGAGCACACGUACCUCAUCCACCAGGCCAACACCUCCUCUGACUCCAUUGACAGGAUGAAGUGCGUAGCAGCCUUCGCCGUGUCUGCUGUGGCGUCCCAGUGGGAGAGGACGGGCAAGCCCUUCAACCCACUGCUGGGAGAAACCUAUGAACUGAUCAGGGAGGAUCUGGGCUUCCGGCUCAUAUCGGAGCAAGUCAGCCACCAUCCUCCUGUUAGCGCCUUUCAUGCCGAGGGCCUCCAGCAUGACUUUGUAUUCCAUGGGUCCAUCUACCCAAAACUCAAGUUUUGGGGCAAGAGUGUGGAAGCUGAGCCUAAAGGAGUCAUCACCCUGGAGCUGCCCAAGCAUAAUGAAGCGUACACAUGGACCAAUCCUACUUGCUGUGUUCACAACAUCAUUGUGGGCCAGCUGUGGAUUGAGCAGUAUGGAAGUGUGGAGUUGAUAAAUCACAGAACCGGGGAAAAAUGUUGCCUGAAUUUCAAACCAUGUGGCCUUUUUGGCAAAGAACUGCACAAGGUUGAAGGGUACAUCCUGGAUAAAAGCAAAAAGAAGCUGUGUGCACUCUAUGGAAAGUGGACCGAGUGCCUGUAUGUGGUCGAUCCCGCCGCCAUGGAGGCUCACAGGAAGAACGACAGGAAAGGAGCAGAGGGCAAAAACAAAAAGAGUUCCGGUGAGGACGUUCCGUCUCCAGCUUGUGACAGCGUGGAGGUGAUUCCUGGCAGCCAGCUACUGUGGAGGAUUGCCCCCAGGCCGGCCACCUCAGCCCAGAUGUAUAGCUUCACAUCAUUCGCCAUGCAGCUGAACGAACUGCACACGGACAUGGAAAGCGUCAUUCCUCACACCGACAGCAGGAGGAGGCCCGACAUUCGAGCCAUGGAGAACGGGGACAUCGACCUCGCCAGUGAGGAGAAAAAGAGACUGGAGGAGAAGCAGAGGGCCGCUCGCAAGAAUCGCUCCAAAUUGAACGAAGAGUGGAAGACAAGGAGUCCCGCACUUGGCCCGAGGUGGUUUCAGCAGGGCUCCAACCCUCACACCAGAUCCCAGGACUGGCUCUUUACUGGUGGAUACUGGGACAGGGAGUACGCUCAUCUACCAGACAUUUACUAGCAAACAUCAUAGCCUCCAUUUUACUCACCAGAAUAAUAUGCAAACUUUUAACUGUGGCCUUUAAUUACUUUUCAUUUACUGUGAAAACAAAUGUUCAUAAUGAACUUUUAGCUCACUCUGUGUGUUUGUAUGUUUUAGCAUGCUUCUUUCCCAUUUUAAAUAUUCUUAGUUUUUUUUGUCUGUAUAUUAGCACACAUUGAGCCACCAACAACAGAAAAAAUCCUGCAAAUCACAUCUUUUCCUAGAUGGGUAGGUCAAUUACACAUCAAUGUCACAUCAGGCUCAGCACGCCCCCUCAUGGACGGAAGUAAAAGUGCAGCUCAAAGCACAUUUUGUGGUUUUAGUUGUAGAACUGCAGUGCAUCAUAUUUCAUCCCUCUGAUUUAUGCUGAAACUAUAUUAGAAACACCUACCAAUAUUAUGCAGUGCGGUUCAUCAAGUACAACCACAAACAAAAUAAUAAAUAACAAUAGUCCGCCUCUCACCCGACAGCUGGGAUAGGCUCCAGCGCACCCGUGACUCACGUGAGGAUAAGCAGUAGAAAAUGAGUGAAUGAAAGAAUGUAUUACUAUUGUUAUGAUUGCAGAUAGUGUCUGUAUAUUGAUUACAGAGAACAUUGUUUUUAUUGCAAAAGAAAGUGGACUUUUUAAACAACACACACAAUUGUUGAAUCAAUUCAGAACUAGUAUAACUAGUAGUAGUAGAACACUGACUACACAUCCUCCUCAUGGUGCAGGGCAUCUGUUGAUAUUAACAUGGCCGACCACCCUCGCCCUCGUCUCAAAUGCAACACGCCUGCCGUUAAGCGCCACAUUUCGCAAGCAGCCCACAAAUGGCGUUGUUGUCACAGAGGCACAAUCAGCCUGUUGGGUGCCUGAAACAAACAUACAAAAAUGUAAGAAAGUAUAUAUUUUUUUGUCUUUGUGAGACACCAUAGCAUAGGAAUGUUGUGAUACCUCCAAUGUAAAGGGCAUCCAGUAUUGAGGAGUUGGAGGUGGACACUUCAGGUACGGCCUUCUUUUUCGAUGUGGAGUCCACCGUUAGCUGGAUAACUCGUUUGUGUUUGGAAACUGAGUGCAAAGAGGAAAUGACAUAUGUAAUUGUAAUUAUUUACAGAUUGAAGUCAUUUAAUGUAUGUGACCUUGACCUCUUCUCCUGCCAGUUAUUAAUGAUAACCACCAAUAUUAACAUGGUGAGAGCUUUAUUUCACUUCUUGAUGGAAAAUACUCAAAUCUUUGUAAUAAAGUUAAUAACAAAGUGGAACCUUGAAAGUCAAAAGUCUGAAUUCUUGACAAUUUGGAAUUUUACCAAAAUGUGAGAAAACAGCCAUACCCCGCUGUGGCGACAUUGAGCAUAAAAGACCAAUGCAAAACGAAGAUACUUCAAGAUCCUCCAAACCCAGCCUGUAAGUACACAUUUUAUAUAUAUAUUCCCUAUAAAGCAGUUAACUUAUUUUUACACUUGAAAUGAAACACCAUUACACAUCACCAAAGGGUGACUCGUUAAAUUUUGGUUGAUAGCGAUAUUAAAUGCUACUA